AUGGCAUCCGUCCUUCACAGCCUUGUCGCGGUUGCAUACGUCGUAAUAUAUGUAGGUGUAUCAUUUGGAGCAUCUGUAUCGGGGUUCUCGGUCACUUCUACGUCAAGCCUUUUGCUCUCUUAUCCGCUUGCAUCUAACUUCUUUGUUCGCAGGCCGGCAAGUGACUCCGAUAACCGUGCUGGACCAGUGUCUUCUGCCCUUUCUCCGGGGUUCUUUGUUCUGUUCGGUCAGGACGCAACAUCGCGUUGCGUAUCCCCGGCAUACCACGGCGACGUUAGGUUUGUGGCGGGUGUUGAGGCACAUAUCCAGCUGGCACUACCUCAUAAGAUCUUCUGCGACUGCCCCAGCACUGCGUCGUGCACUUCAGGGCUGGUGGAUUGUGGCACUUCCGCAUUAAAUCACGAAGGCAAUGCGGGUGCCACCAUCGCAGACGGUUUUCCGUGCGUCGACUUAUACAAACGGUUGAACAGUAUUUUGGCCACUCCUGGUAGUGAUAAGUCCGAAUGCGACUCCAAUGUGCCAUAUUUCAAAAAUGAUUGCACGAUAUCGUUUGAUGACUAUGCGUCAAUGUACAAUAGCCGCAGGAAGGCCGCACGUACUGUUAAAGACGGUUGCCGACCAUCCGCGGUAAACAAGAACUCAAUCCAUGAUUUGAGCAAGUUUAAGUGCGCCAUAUGCAUGGGCGAAGUUGGAGCGCUUCCGCUACUUUCUCCUUUGGCAAUUUUAUACGGUUUAUCCGCAUGCAACACUUUUUCGUGUGAGCCGAGCAGUUCGGUUUCUUUUGAAAGGAAGGUGUACUCUUAUGCCGAUCUUCCUAAACGUUACCAGCUGACUCAGGUGAGCAACCCUAUCGGUACCAAUGGGCGCGUGUUGUUGAGUAGUGGCCGGGAGAUCCGCAUUGCGCAUGUGCACUUGGAGGAGGACACCGCACGCACGUUGACGAUGAGCGACGGAUCUUCGCUACAUGAUUACAAUCGAAGUGGCGUAGGUCUGUUGGAAGUUGUCACCGAGGCAUGCGAAAUGACGGUAGAAGAGCUUGUUGAAUGCUGCUCAAAGAUUUAUGAGUUAUCCGUUCGAGGAGGGCUGUCUAAGGGGCUGAUGCACGAAGGCAACAUCCGAUUUGACGUCAAUAUAUCGUUACCUUCAAAAGGAUCAAAUCGCAUCGAGCUGAAGAACUUGAAUUCGUUCCGACGCAUUCGUCGAUCUGUGCUACAAUGCCUGUCUUCCGAGUGUUUGUCAGCACCGCCCUCCAGCACCGCCGGGGUGGACACUGACACAGCUCAGGAAAAAAUCAAUAGACCAAAUGCAUGGAGAGAUGUCAUGCAACGCGUUCUUGAAGAUGAACCCGUCCAGGCUGCGACUGCUCCGGUUGGCUCCACCUUGGGGUGGAGUCAUGAAUCAAAGGAUCUGGAAUACCAGCGCAAGAAGUCUGCAAGCGCUCUGUAUUUAAACAUCCCUGACACCAACAUACCUACCAUAUCUAUAAGCAAAGAUUUGUUUUCCAGGGUGGCAUCAAGCGCUUUGUCUGAUGAUCGCCCCAGUUUGGAGUCCUUGCAUGACGCAUACCCAUCAGUGCCGAUUGAUUUGCUGGGAGUGAUUCAGAAAAGUGAUGAACGCAUUGGACUAUUCCGUCAACUGUGCAAUGCAAUCGGUGACCACCCGUUUGUGGCAAAAUGGUUAGUAAACUACGUUAUACCGGUUGUUAGUGUCAGUUCGGUGGAUGUGGAUCAGCUUUGCGAGUUGCUGAAUGGCGUGUAUUCCAAACGGCUUAACGUGGACACAGCCAAACGCAUAUUGCCUGAUUACCUAUCAAGCGGUAUGCAUUUCGAGGAGUAUUUGCGAUGUCAUGAGCUUGGCCUGCUGGACGAGCCGGCGACACGUGAGUUCGUGCAGCAGUAUAUGGCUCUGCACAGCGCCGGGCACGCGACCAAUACUGCGGACAGAAAAACUCUCAUCCGUCUUGUGAGCGAUAUAGUGGCAGCCUCCGGCCACCGUCUGAAUUACGCGAUGGUGCGUGACCUAUUGGCCCAUCCACCGGUAUCCGGCUAA